UCAUUCUUCUGGCGCCAAGAACAAGGAAGUGUAGUCGGAAGAGCUGCAAGUGAGGAGACGUUUGCUGUUUUUAUUCCGAUAACUGCUUACAUUUGGCUGCGCGUUUAAACACAUGGAGACGCCGUCUUAUUUUCCCGUACCUCCCGGUGUGGGGAUGGAGGAGAAUUUUUUAUCUCUCGAUGACAUUUUGCUUUCCCAGGAGAGGCUGCCUGUUCGAACGGAGUGUGUUUUUCCACGGCUUGGAUUCCUGGAGAAGUCCAGUGACUCGCAGGACAUUCCGGAGGGUACAAAGAUGGAGAUUCCUCUGUGGCUCUCUAAGGGUCUGUAUGAGAGGAAGAGGAAGGUGCUGACUGUGGAGCUUCCUAAAGUCUACAAAGAGGGCUGGAGGACGGUGUUCUCAGCUGAUCCCAACGUGGUGGACCUGCAUAAGAUGGGGCCCUACUACUAUGGCCUGGGUUCCCAGAUGCUACAUUUUGACAGCCCCGAAAACCCAGACAUUGCAAAGACUUUGCUGCAGACGUUCAUCGGCCGCUUUAGAAGAACAAUGGACUCCUCUCAGAAUGCCUACAAUGAAGACACAUCUGCUCUGGUGGGACGGCUGGACUGCUUGGAGAAGGUUCUGUUCAGGUCCGGUCAGAACGGCCUGAACGGCUUUCAGAGCUGGGAGAAGGGUCAGGCCUCGCAGCUCACAGCCUCCAGCCUGGUCCUGAACUACCGCAAGAGGAAGCUCAUCGAUGUUCAGGCCUGACCUCGGACCCUUAGGAGCACAUUUACCUUGGACCUUCUCUAAACCCGACCCAAUGCUGUCAGGAACAGAAACACCAGCUGGAGGGAAAACCCAUUAAAACCUUUCAUGUCUCAAUGUUUUAUCUUUCUGUGUGACUAUAAAUGAAUGUUACAUAUUUUUGUUAAGAUUAAAGAGAUGUACUCAUUUUAAAAUGAGAUAAAAAAAAAUCAAGCAUAACUUAACUUGUACAGUAAAGCUCAGCUUAACUUUGGUAAGAAAAUAAUAAAAUAAAGCAGCGCACUCAUUGAUCUUCUUAA